AUCAAGACAGAUUGUGCAGUGUUUGUCCAAGGGCUUGUAGAUCGGCAGAGUGCCCCUUAUGAUGUUCAAAUGGUUCUUUCUGAUUUCUGUUCUUUGUGUUCUAAGUUUAGUGUUGUAAAAGUUGUUAAAGUUUCUAGACUGGACGUUAAAGCUGCCCAUGUUAAAGCUAGGAUAGCAUUAAUGUGUUUGUAAGAUUAUUUUUCGUCUAUAUGCAAUUUAUCUUUGGUCAAAAAAAAAAUUGUCAUAGUAUUAAAUUGCUGUGCAAGUCUCAAUUUUGAUGCGAAGAGCCAAGUCAAAAUCUUGCCUGCCUUGGAAAGAAAGACAGGAAGAUGCUAUAUAAACCUAGCACAGCUCCGGCCAUGCACAUUAUAAUGACAUACAAUCACAAUUGAGGAGAGAGAGAGAGAGAGAGAGAGAGAGAGAGAGAGAGAGAGAGAGAGGAAAAGGUGAGGGUUUUCUUCGAUCAGAACAGGAAAAAAAUGGGCGGAUUAGAGUACUUGGUGUUGAAAGGAUACGGAUACGUGGUCCUUACCCUCGUCUUCUACUGCUUCUUCAAUUUCUGGAUGGCUUUCCAAGUCGAGAAAGCCCGCAAGAAGUACAAUGUUUCCUAUCCGACGCUCUAUGCCUCAGAAUCAGAAAACAAGGAUGCCAAGCUCUUCAACUGCGUCCAGAGAGGGCACCAGAACUCGCUAGAAACGAUGCCCAUUUUCUUCAUGUUGAUGAAUUUGGGUGGAAUUAAGCAUCCAUUCAUCUGCGCUUCGCUCGGACUACUUUAUACCAUGGGCCGCUAUUUCUACUUCACUGGAUAUGCCACUGGCAAUCCCCAAAAUCGCCUUAGCCUUGGGAGAUUCAGCUUCCUUGCUUUACUCGGGCUUAUGAUCACCACAAUUUCUUGCGGGAUUAAACUGAUCGUUUCGCAAAAAUGGAACGCCUGAUUUCAGCAGCGUGCACUUAGCUUGCAUCCUCUGUCGAACUUGUCUUUUGCUGCUUGUUUUUCUACAGCUCAUGUAUUUUGUAACCCUUAAUUUUGUGGUGUAGGUUGUGUUUCACUUUGUAAUAAUUGGAAACAUGGGAUGUUUUUGGACAUGGUUUGAAAAGACUUAAUGUUGGUUAUUGGAAAA